CGAGGGGAGGAAGAUGGAGGCCGCGGGGAGGCCUGAGGGGAGGAAGAUGGAGGCCGCGGGGCGGCCGGAGGGGACGCGGCCGACAGGGGCCCUGGUCUUCGACCAGCUGCGAGAUGUGAUAGCCGCGCAGGAGCGGGUCAUCGAGCGGCAGAGGGUCGCGAUGGCCAUUCAGGAGGUGAAAACCGUGAGCAAGGACGAUUACGACACCGUGGUGAAGAAGUUGGAGGCCGAAAAGGCGGAGCACGCCAAGACCAAGAGCCGGCUGGCCAAGGAGUCGGAGAAGCUGCAGUUCGCCCUGGGAGAAGUGGAGGUCCUGGCUCGGCAGCUGGAGCGGGAGAAGGAGGCCUUCGAGAAAGCCCUUUCCGGGGUGCAGAGCAAAGUGCUGAAGGAAUCCUCCCAAAAGGACAAGCUUCUCACCAAGUGUACUGAGAUAGAGUCCCGCAUCCAUAAGCAAGAAGGCAUCCUGCACGUCAGAGAAAAUGAAAUCAAGGAACUGCAUCGGAUCAUCACCCAGCAGAAACACAGCUUCAGGACCCAGGUGUCCGACCUCCGGAUCCAGAAGCAGCAGGAGCGGUACAUCACGCAGGCUUUGGAGAAGAAGAAGAAGAAGAAGAAGGCGGGCACGGGGUCAAAGGGACAAUAAGCAAUAAAUGGGAAGCCAGCGU